AAAGAGAUUUACAGCUCACUUCAACUAAAUCAGCCUUUUUCAAUUUGUUUGCAAAUUCUCUUGUCACACGUGGACAAACUAGACAAAUGGUGCCAACGUGUCAACCAUACAAUCAAACACAUACAAUCCGUACUUCGUACGACCAUGACGAAGAAGAACCUGCUACAAGCUUUCUACAUCCACAACCAGAAAACGCUCGCCGCACCGACGCCAUUAAAACCAUCGUCACUUCCUCACUGUAUCCAGUCAAUCCUCUGCGUAAUCAAUCCCUAAUUUAGAAAACCCAUGAAACAGCUUUUGGAAUUAUCCCCAAUUUCCCACCUUUUCUUCCAAUUUUUCUUCAAAGCUGAUGUAAUAUUCCCUUUGGCAUUUCCAAAUUCCAUCUCACCAAACGUCAUCUCAGAGAGAGAAAAUGAUCGAAACCCCCUCGAUUAAAAGGUACCGAUUGAGUUCUUUCAAUUCAAAUCGUCACCAUGCAUAAUCGGAGAAGAUCAUCGUUUUUCUCCAACGGAAUUCCCAUCGUCGCCGGAACUGCAGUAGCUCUGCUACUUCUAUGGGCUUUCUGGCCGAUAAUCAGCUUCACUUUCCCUUCUCCCCGCCACACCAUCAAUUUCAAAGCCAAAGGUCACAGUUACAAAAUAUUUCCCGACAUAAACCACACCAUUGUUACCGGUGUUCUUAACUUCAACCUGACCCACGACCCGCCGGAGCCCACAUUCUACGACGACCCGGAACUAACAUACACCAUUAACAAACCCAUCAAAAACUGGGACGAAAAGCGACAAGAAUGGCUAUCGCUGCACCCAAGAUUCAUCUCGGGUUUAGAAGAACGGGUCAUGUUGGUAACCGGGUCACAAUCCAAAGCAUGUCAGAACCCGAUCGGAGAUCAUUUACUCUUACGUUUCUUCAAGAACAAAGUAGACUACUGUCGGAUCCAUGGCUACGAUAUCUUCUACAACAACGUCUUAUUCCAUCCAGAAAUGUUCACAUAUUGGGCCAAAAUCCCAACGGUUCGGGCCGCGAUGUUGGCCCACCCGGAAGCUGAGUGGAUCUGGUGGGUGGAUUCCGACGCCGUUUUCACCGACAUGGACUUUAAGUUACCGUUGAAACGUUACAAAAACCACAACUUCGUCGUCCAUGGCUGGCCGGAGAUGAUCUACAAGAAGAAAAGCUGGACGGGGUUAAACGCCGGCGUUUUCCUGAUCCGAAACAGUCAAUGGGCUCUUGACUUCAUGGAUGUGUGGUCGGGUAUGGGUCCGCAGACUCCGAAUUACGAAAAAUGGGGCAAAAUCUUGAAGGAAACUUGUAAAGACAAGUUUUUCCCCGAAUCCGACGAUCAAACGGGUUUGGUUUAUUUAUUAUUAAAAGAAAAAGAAAAAUGGGGGAAUAAAAUAUACGUGGAAGAUGAGUAUUACUUCGAGGGGUAUUGGGAGGAAAUUGUGGGAAAAUUAGAGAAAAUAAAUGAAAAAUAUAAUACUAUUGAACAAAAAGUGCGUAUUUUAAGAAGACGACAUGCUGAAAAGAUGAGGGAAGGCUAUUAUGCGCUGUUGGAGGAGUAUUUGGGUGGUGUAGGGUAUGGGAUUGAAGGGUGGAGACGACCGUUUAUGACGCAUUUCACCGGGUGUCAACCGUGUAGUGGUACGCAUAACGAGUCGUACUCUGUGCAGAAAUGUUGGGACGCUAUGAAGAAGGUGUUGAAUUUUGCUGAUAAUCAAGUGUUGCGUGCCUAUGGUUUCGUGCACCCGAGUCUAGGAGAUUCUAGCUCGGUGGUUCCUCUACCCUUCGAUUAUCCUUCUUGAGUAGUUCACAUAGUACGUAUGUUGGUUAUGAGUUUGCAAUUGUAAUGACUAAUGAGCUUUUGAGGGUAUGAUUGGUAUAUUAUUAUAACUUUGAGGGUUUGAUUGUCAAAUUUUUAAUAUGUUUAGCAGUAAAAACUAGUAAAAGAUAAA